UCAUCAAAGUUGAUGUAAGGCCCAAAUUGCACAUGUUCUCAUUCUUUUUUUCUGGUUCUUCCCCAAGCUAAAACCCUGCAACGCGCUCUCUCUCUCUCUGGGCUCCAGCCAUAGCUCUUGCUCUCCUCUGCCGCAGGCGUAGCCACUCUCCCAUCUAGAUAAUCAAAAAAAAAAUGAUAAAGAGGCGAUUCUACAAGUUUGAACAUGGGGAUAAAGAUAAUGUGUCAGAUUCAUCUUCAUCGUCCUCGGACUCUGAACUUGAUGUGGAAGCCACAGAAGAAUCAGAAUCAGAAUCAGAAGAAGAAGCAGUUGCCCAAGUAAAAGAAACUGAUCAAACUUGCUCCACCUCUUCUGGAUAUGAGAGUGAGGAUAGCUCAGCAAAUGAAGUUGGUGUCGACUCAGCAGGUCUUAUAGAUGAUGAUAAUGAUGAAACUGAUGAUGAUAGAGAAAUCUUUAUCAAGGACAAGUUACCUAGUAAACAUGGUGCUCAAAUGCUGGAGACAAUAUCAAAUACCCCAAUCAAAGAAGAUUCGUUGCCAGAUGAUUUCCCAACCUGUAUACUGAAAUGUAAAUCGGUUUUUAAGUGCAAGUUAUGCCCUAGAAUUGUCUGUUUGAAUGAGGAGACUAUGAGGGCUCACCUUAAAUCCAAGAGGCAUGCUCGAUCAGAGAAAUUACUCAAGGAAGGUAGGCUGAAGACUACGCUCAACAGUGAUGGGGAAAUCGAGAAUCAGGAGACUGCUACAGAAACACAUGCUCCAGUUGAUGCUGUUGCACAGGAUAAACAAAAGAAGAAACAUAAAGGAGGAAGGCAUCGAUGGGGGAAGGGUUCAAAAAGGAAGCGAACGAGAGAAGAAAAGCAUUCUAAUAAAAAUGGAGCCAAAAGAGGGCGUAAGAAUGAGAAUUGAAAGAUGCUGCAAGAAUAGACCAACUAGCAAUGUAACAAAAUGGUUUCCCAUCAGUUUUGCGGAGCAAAGUUAUGCAAUGUAACCAUAUGACAUCCUCUGAAAUUUAGGGUUUCCAUUUCUUAUUUAAUUUUUAAUAUUUUUUGCAUCACAAUCCUUUUUCAAUCAUCAUAGUUUGGACUUGUUUGUAAGACUUCUUGAGCGAACAAUGCUCAGUCUUUGAAAGAGCUUGGAAUUUUGGGUUA